AUGAUAAUCACAGGAAAUGAUGAAGAGGCCAUCUGUAAACUGAAGCACUUUCUUGGCAGUCAAUUUCGAAUAAAAGAUCUUGGACUCUUGAGAUACUUUCUUGGUGUUGAGGUGGCACGAUCAAAAUCUGGAAUUUCUAUUUGCCAACGGAAGUACACCCUUGACAUUUUGGCAGAAGCUGGAUUACUUGGAGCCAAACCAGCCAAAGUUCCUAUGGACCAUGAUCUGGUGUUGUUAUCUACAGGGGAGUUACUCAAAGAUCCUACUCGAUAUCGUCGGUUAGUUGGAAAGCUGAUUUAUCUCAUAAUUACAAGACCAGAAAUCAUUUAUGUAGUUAACACCCUAAAUCAGUUCAUGCAAGAACCUAGAUGUCAACAUCUUGAUGCAACAUACCGUCUUCUCCACUACCUAAAGGAAGCUCCAGAUUGGGCCAGAUGCCCAAUCACAUGCAGAUCAGUCACACGUUAUUGCAUAUUUCUUGGUAAUGUGCCUAUGUCCUGGAAAAGCAAGAAACAAGUUACAGUUGCACGAUCAUCAGCCAAAGCAGAAUAUCGUUCAAUGGCUGCAACCACAUGUGAACUAACUUGGCUAAGAUAUCUGUUGCAAGAUCUGCAUGUGAAUCAUUCUGAAGCUGCAAAGCUAUUUUGCGAUAAUCAAGCCGCCUUGUAUAUUGCUGCAAAUCCAGUGUAUCAUGAACGAACUAAACAUAUUGAGCUCGAUUGUCAUACUGUUCGUGAAAGAAUAGAGAAAGGAGAUAUCAAGACAGGAUACGUGCAAACAAGGGAACAUAUAGCAUAUAUAUUUACCAAGCCACUAAAGGCACCCGUAUUCAGUUCGCUUCUUGGCAAGUUGAGCGUUAUUGAUAUCCACUCUCCAACUUGA